AUGAGUGCAAGCCAGGAAACAUGCCCUUUUUGCGAAAAGGGAUUUGGAAGUGAAGAAACAGUGGUGAUAGGCAAGAAAGGAGCUGACGGUAUCAACAACGCAAGUGACAAGAGAGGCGAUAAUAUCAUUGUGGCACCUAAAACCAGAGUGCAAAAGUCAUGCUGUGCGAAUUAUAUCAACCAAAAUUACAUAGACUUGCAUAAGAAAACUAAUCAAUUAGAGUGCACGCCGUCUGUCGUCAAAAGAAGUGCACGUGUUUCUGUUGGACCAUAUGAUAGCAGCACAGACUGUUUAUACUGCGGAAAUAAGGUUGUGAAGUUUAAAUUUGGGGUUAAAAAUGACGACUAUGGAUGUGUUAAAACAGACUGCUUUGCAGACACAAUAUUAUCAAUCUGCAAGACACGUGCUGAUGAAUGGGCAUUUACUGUCCAAGGACGCGUUCAAUAUUAUGGUGGAGAUCUACACGCAGCUGACUGUUUGUAUCAUCGUUCUUGUGACAUAAAUUUCCGCACGUUGCGAGAUAUUCCAAAGCAGCACAGAGUAGGCCCCAGUGAAAAUAAACGAUGCCGGAAACUUGGAAGACCAAGGGACACAGACCAGGAAGAAGCAUUUUUCAGGAUGUGUGCUUUCUUUGAGGACAAUGACGAAGAACAAUUGAGUAUUACCGACCUUGCAAAUAAAAUGGAGGAGUAUCUGCAUGAAAGUGAGUGUGGUGCUUACGGGAAUCAGUAUCUAAAGUGUCAGCUAAUGAAACACUAUGGAGAUUCAAUAUUUGUAGCUGAGGGCGAUGGAUUGCAAGACAUUGUGACGUUUCGUGAAAGAACUGGACGAAUCCUCCGAGGUUAUUUUCACCUGCCAAAGAAGGAGGAUGAGGAAGCACAGAAGAGAGAUAUAAUUGAAACUGCUGCUAGACUCAUUAAGAGUGACAUUAAAUGUAUGGUCACCCCAGUUAGUGAUGAAUAUCCGAAGACUUGCAAACUCAAACUUGAACCUUCCUUAGAAUUCGUCCCAGAGAGCUUGC